CUUCUUGCCUUCGAUGAUAAAAAACCGCCACCCGCACCGCCACCAAUUACAAUUACACCCAAGAACUCCCUCGGGAAUUUUCCCGCAUUACCACAUAUCACCAACGACAGUUGCCAACCUGAAAUUGCCCCUAAAGAAAACCCAGGAUGCUCCAACAUGUACUAAUACAUAAAAUAAUACACAUUUAUUUAUCGUGACUGCAGUAAUUUUUUUAAAAAAGUGCGAAAUUCGUUCUUCUAAUUAUAGUGCCGACACGCGAUCUAUUUAAAUGCAGUGCAGCUAGCAAUUACAAUGGCGCAUCGCCAAGACUAUAGCGGGACGUUUCCAGGGAACUCCUACAAUGACUUGUGCAAUUCGUUUGACAAAGUACAACUGCGAAAUGCAUCGAAAGAUUGCCUACUCACGGAUUAUUGCGACAUUCGAAGUCGGCUGCUUUUGUUGCAAAACGAUGAAAUGGAUCUUUCGGUUCCAUCAAAACUGGGUGACAUAGUACAAUUAUUACGAAGGUUUAUCCAGGAGGCCCCUCGACAUGUACGGAAGAACAAGGAACACCUGGAAGAUGUUUACAAAAUGCUAAUUUUUCUACACAACUAUAUUUCUAGGCACAUUAAGGUUUAUAAAAAAUUUCCGUUAACUCAAGAACUUCUAUCCGUACUUAUUAGUUAUGUUGAAUUGGAGUACGAGGUUUUAUAUUGUCCGAAAAACUACAGCUCUCAAUAUCAGGAUCAAGUGGAGAGCCGAAUUUUAACGUUCCUUUUAACAAUAUUACACGACCCGUCGACUGUCAAACGAGAAUGCUUUGUAAAACCGAGUCCUGUUGACUACUGUGCAAUUAAGGCUUUAUACGUUGUAAAAAGUGUAAAAUCUGAAUAUAAGCGAAAUCGUAGUUUAAUAGAGAAUUUAAUGAGUAAGCUGUUGCAAAAGUUGAAUGUCUGGGAUAAGAUGAACGAGAUUAGAGAGCAGACCGAUGCGUUUAAUUUAGGGAAUUUGAUGCGGGUGCCGAAAUUGCAGCAAAUUUCGCGGUAUCUACAGAAAUGCAAUGUUCUCAAGGACGACGCGGCGACGUCCGAAGAGGAAGAGGUUGUAGAGAUCACUUCACCGCUUAGAGGUGCAUAUGAAGACAUAGUUGCAAUUGAUCUCGUAGAUAAAGCUAGGCUUUCGAGAAAGUCUCUUAUACCUGAACAAAUAAAUGUACAAAGUAGGCGAAAUAGUAACAGUAGACUUAAUCUUCAUUCAACUACCUCACGAAGGGAACGAGUCAUUUGUGUUAGUGACGAUGACAGCGAUGUUGAAUUUGUGCCGGAUGUGGCUUCUGGUACAGUAAUUAAUGUGGAUGACUAUGAUCCUUUAGUGCCGAAUGAAAGGAUCAAAUCGGACUGUGCCAUUGAAGCUUGUGAGUCAACCUUUGCUGAAAGAGAAGAAGCUGUAAAGUGCCUUGAGCCUCCUAUCGAUACCACCAACUCUCAGGCCAAUGUCACCAAUUUGUUAGACAAGGAAGAAAACGCUCAAGGAGUAUCUCAGAUCCUCACAAGAUGUGAACCUUCUGCCGUGGAUGAUGGGACCAUCACCACAACUGAAGAUGUCACCACUCAUGCGACGACUGAAGCUAACCAACACACAAUGUUUGAUGAAAAUUUGGAACAUAAUGAAAAUGAAGAACAGAGUUCAAUUCCCAAAGAAAAUACAAGGGACAAUGAUCUUCAAAUUGUGAAUAACAGUGCUCUUAAUACAGUAUACAAAGAGCACGAUGAUCCUCAAAUCAAUCUACCAGAAGAGAGUUCACAGACUGAAAUAAUGAUAUGCGACAGUCCUGAAAACGAGCACAAAGUUCCUGAAAGUGAGCCUCUCUUGCCUGAUCUCUGUGACAUUGAUCUUAUUUCAACUGAUUCAUCUUUAUCAACUGUGUCGGCUACAGUUAGUGACCCCAUUCCGACUUGUGAUUAUCGUAUCGAGUACACUUUGAAAAAUAACGAAAUUACAAACAAUAUUAUUGCCGAGUUAGACAGAGCGAUUGAUGAACAUAGCUCGAGUACGGCUUCUGAAGUUAGCAGCGACAUUGUCGCAGAUCAACAGCCCUCAAGUGUCCCGUUUGAGGUCGACAAAGAACACGACCUUAUAUUGCCCAAUGUUAAUGAGGUGGAAGAUUUACGAAUGGACGUUUCGCCUGAUACAGAAGAAGCUUCGAAUUUGGAGAAUCAAUGUCCGAGUCGUGCCGAAGAGAGCGCAAGUGUCGAAAUGCCGCACGUAAUAAUUGAAAGUCAAGAAGAUUCUUUAGAUCAAGACUGUAGUCACACCGCAUCCCCUGAUGGGGUUAAAGACACGGAAGAAAGCAACUAUUGUAGUAAUGUGGAAGAACAUGUCAGUGAAAUAACUGAUGAAAGUAUUGAGGAAGAAGAAAAAGUUGAAGGCAGCUGCAGUACUGACACCAAUGAAGAAGAUCGCACUACGAAUGGUAUCCAGGAAAAUGAAAAUGGAGGUGAUCUUCAAAUUGUGGAUAAUACUGCCCUUGGUCCAGUGAUCAAAGAGCAUGUGUCAGAUGAUCUACCAAAAGAGAGUUCACAGACUGAAAAUGUGCUUGAAGCUAAUGAUAGUGACAGUCUGCCAGAGAGCCAAGAAGAAAGCAGUGAGAAUUGCGACGCCAAGAAAGACAAUAUUGAACACAAUGAAAAAGAGCCCAAGGAAAAUGAUACUGCAGAUUGUAAUACUCUGGAAGAUAUUGGCGAUAAUCUUGUUAGUGAACCAUGCGAUUUUACUAAGUUUGACGAUUGCAAAGUCUUGGACAAUGAAGAAUGUGCCACAACUGUAAUCGAUGACUAUGAGCCAAGGCCGAAAGACGCAGAAGACACUGUUCUCCAACUAGUCGAAGGCAAGGUGGAACCAGAAGAUUUAAGCAGCAAUGACAUUGUGGACCGUUCAUUUGCAGUUCAUCACGAGUGCAGCGAUUCCGAAUCUGUUGAUGUGACGGUUCGAGAAGAAAAUUUGAGCAUUGACUCGAGCCUGCUAAUAUCUCAUGAGCCCCAUUUGACAAUAGUUGACAAUUGCAAUUCGAGUCAUAUUGAAGCGCCUGCCGCCUGUGAUCAACCAGAUAUAGAGCUUGAAAAUAAUUCCAGCCAAAGACCUAAUGAUCCACAAUUAAUGGUGGAUGAUGAAAGUGUUAAUGUGACCAAAGAGCCUCAUUUGGAUAAUUGCAAAAGUUCCCAAUCGAGCGGUGUGUCAGAUCUGGUUGAGGAAAAUGUAGAGGAUGAUAAUUCCAAUCAAAGAUCUAAUGAAUCACAAUUAAUGGUGGAUGAUGUAACUGAAGACAAUUACAAAAGUUCCCAAUCAAGUGAUGUACCAGAUGCGGUUGAACAAAAUGUGUCACAUGUAGACAAUUGCGAUAGUUCUGUAUCAGUCCAUGAGUCGGAUGUGGCCGAGUUAAAGAAUGAUGAUGUGCAAGAUGAUAAUCAAUGUUCUGUUCGUGAUUUGAGUAAAAGUUCUGAAUUAGAUCUACACCAACAAAGUGUUUUGGUAACAGAUGACAAACGAGAUGAUCUGUUAGUACCAGAGGUGCCACAUUCAUCCAAGGAGGAUGAUCAGAAUCUACACAUUGAUGAACCACAUUUGGCACUAGCUCAUGAAAGUGAGAAGUUGUGUAUGGAGAGUGAGACAACCGAUAGUCAACACUUGGAGGUGGAGAGUGCACAUAAUGACCAACAUUUAGUGAUGGAAGAUGAGAAUGACGAAGGAAAUUUGGUAAUAGCAGAUGAUCCCGUUGAGUCCAUUGUUGAAAGUAAAUCUGACGAUUAUCACAAUCAUUUGAAUGCGUCACUUGAUGAUAUUACCCUAAGCCAUGUCGUGGUUGAAACUUCAACAGAUUCAGAGCGUGAAGAAAAAGGGAACUGUGAUGAAGACUCUAAGGAAAAUAUCAGUGAGAAAGUGUCAGACGAAGAAAUUCGAACAGAAGAUUUCCACACUAAAGAUCUGUUGGAGCAUGCGAAUGAAGCAAAAGUCAAUGAAGGCGAAGUUGCUACGUGCUUUGAGAGGGAUUUGAAGAAAACUCCAGAAGAAGCACUCGUUCAUCAUGAGUUGGUCGUGGAAUACACCAGUGAACUGCCACUAGAUUACGUUCAUGAAGAAACCGUGAUAACGGAGACAUGCGAGGUGGUGGUGAAUGAUCUGGAUGUGCUCGCAUCGGUCGCCGCAACCAAGGAGAAGAUCGAAUCAGUCAAUGUAAAAAUUGUGAAAUCGAAGCGUGGAAGGAAGCGGAAAAGUGGGAAAAAAAAGUCGGAGGAACUUCCGAGGCGAGUCACGCGGAAUAGCGCCUUGGCGAAGCUUAACAUUAAUCCCCAGGAUAAUUCCAAGUGCAUACCGUCGACCUUCAUGAAUCUUGAAAGCCUGGUUACUCCCCCACCUGUUUGCGUCUACAACAUGAUUCCCACCCCCAAUACUGAUACCGAGGAAAGCAUGGACGAGCGUUUUAGUUGCGUGCAAAGUCUGCAAAACAUUCUGGUUGACAAUAUAGCGUUUGACGAAGAUACUUUAGAUGAUGGCAUCGUGUUUGUGACUCACAAGAAGGUGUCCGAGGAAAUUUUGAUAAGCAUUCCCGAGUCGGAGGAUCACCCCGCCAUCGACUAUGAUAUUCUGAAGCAAGCAGAAGAGUUUGAAAAAACAAAUCUAUCACUAAGUACCAGUGAGGAACUGUGCAAAGAAUUAAAGUUAACCAUGACCAAGAACGUGGAGAUUAACAUCAAUAUCACCACGGAACUAGACAGUCAUUUGAACGAGACCGUUAUUGAGAUUUCGGAGGAAUCACAGAAGCAAGUUUCUGUAAUGCCGUUUAAGAAAAGGAAAAAUUAUGGAAGAAAGAACUUGGUUGUACCGGACGAAGUGCAGGUGUCCAUCACUGAAGUGGCAGAUGUACCAGAAAUGUCAUUGACUGUGGCAGAUGAGAAUCAAGCGACACCCUCAUUAGUGGAAAAUAGUGAGACAUUGGAAAAUAAACCUGAGAGCAAAAGGGUGCUAACUAAGGCCGCAUUGAAGUGCUUCCAGGUUCCUUGCAUACCAUAUGUCCACCUUUUGAAGUUGCCUUUAAGUGAUGCACCAAAGGUGGAGACCGACAAGGAAAACAAAAGAUCUAAAAGUCAAGAUGGUGGCCGAAGGCAUAGAGCAGGUAGACUAUCAAAAACAAAGUCCAUUGACUCACUGCAAAUUAAAAGUGACUGUGCUACAGAGAAGGUGGAAACUGUUGAGCCGGUAGCCACAGAGCCCAACAAGAUCACAAAGAGAAGAAUGUCGUCUCGUUUGGUAUCCGAGGUAGUUGAGCAAUCAACGAAAUCACCUGCUAAACGACCGAGAACUAGAUCAAAUUACGAGAAAACACAAAUGGAGUCAAGUAAAACUAAAAUGCGUACGAGAAGCGCUUCAGUUUUUGAUGAUUCAAGUUCUGUAAAGAAAGUGUCGAACAGUGAACAAAAUAAAGCAGAUUUAGAUAAAUCCUCACUGAAAGAUGUAGCUAUAGUCAAAGAACCUGAAACUUUGGACUUGGCUAGUUCUUCAGACCAAUCAGAGGACAAUGUAAAGGGUAAUCUCACAGUAGAAACUUGUAUUUCGAAGCAAGAAGAUGAGCGUCAUCAAAAUGAAGAAGUCCGUAAAGAGAGUGGUCAUUUGAUUGAAGAGAAUGGUAAGUCUGCUGAAUUGAUUAAAAAGGAAACAAUUGGUGCACAAGCUGUUGAAGUUGUGGAGGAAUUGCUUCCAUUGACGAGUGAUGCAGAGAUUGUUGAACAGUCUAAAGUGCAACCGGAGGUCGGUACCCUAACCGAAGUAACUGAAUUGAGUAAAGAUGAGUCAUUGGAAAAGCUACCCAAACAUAGGAAAAGUAGAACUGAACGUGAAAUCGAGGGAACCUCAAUUAAAACAGUCAAAAGUAAAACGGAUGAAAAGAAAAGGCGCCGAGUUAAGGGCGAGAGUGAUCUGCCCAAAACUUCUACCAAGGAAGAACUAAAAUCGAACAAGGACAGGAAAUGCAAAUCAAAGGACAAGAAAGCGCACGAGAUUGUCACUGUAAAAGAGAGUAAAUCAAAAAACGAAGACCAAGAAAUCCCACCAACUGAAGAAGUGAAAUCGCUGAGAAGUAAGUCGAGAUCGAAAGCGAAAACUGCGGAUAAUCAAGACCGUACUCACAAAAAAUCGGGACAAUCGUCAAAAAGGCAUAGGAGUAAGUCGGAUAAUGAACGAAAACAAAAGACUCCCGACUUGGAUACCAAAACUUCGUUGGUGGGAGAAAGAUUGAAAGCGAAAGAUCCAAGUGAUAAGUCCGCGAGAAAAGAUGAUACGCAGAAAACUAAAGAGAAGCCCGCAGAAUUGGAAGGGGAGAGGAAGAAACGGAAGGAACGAAAAACUCAUAGUACUAGGAAAUCGUUGCGAGACAAGCCUAAGCUGAGACACAAUAAAGAGAAUGAACCCAAACAGGAUGUCGAUCAGAUCCCACAUGAUCAAGAAUCUGAUAAAGCUGCACCAGUUCAGCAGGUGACAGAUAAUCAAGGUGCGAUGUCCACUGUUGAGGAAGUACCUCCUGUAGUUGAGCAGAGCUCAGCGGGACAGAAAACUGUAAAUAUUCAAGUUGCCAUAUCAUCAUCAUUGUGCACCUGUCUUCAGCCAGUAGAGCAAAUAUUGGCUGACGAUGUGCAAGAUACAAAUUUGGCAGAGACACAAAAAAAUGAAGCCAUGGAAGAAACUCCGAUUGAGAAGUCUAUCCCGAAAAAAGAACUACAAGCGUCCAUUGAGAAGGUUGCCCCGAAGGAGGAAUUACAGAUAUCCUGUUUAAAAAAUAAGAUCAAGGAGAAACUCAAAAAUGCGAGCGUGGAGAAGGUGCCGCUAGAAAAAUCGAAAUAUUCAAGAUCAAAAAGCGGGGUUAAGCAAGAUUCUAGAAGAAAGAGGCGAUCAUAUUCGUCUGGGAAGAAAGGAAGUUCUGCUAAGUUGCCAGAAGUAACCGUUGUAAAAGAGGAGGUGUCCUUGCCUGAUGUAGUGGAAUUACCAAAACGUGCGGGCUCUCCAAAGAGUGACACGGAGACGCCAGCGAAAGAGGCAUCUAUAGAUGACACAAAGCAUGACGAUUCUGCCAAGAUUAUAGUAACAUCUGGUAGUAACCUCCAACCACUUCUUUGUGGUGUUACUCCCUUGGACUCCCAAGAAUCGAUUCCUCAAGUCCGUGAUGAGACAAUCGUUGAAGAAGUGGACCCUGAAGAAUCGAUUCCAGAAAUUCGCAAUGACUCAAUCCUUGAAGAGGUGCGUUCCGAAGAAUCAAUUCCACAAAUCCCAGAGGAGGCGAUCGUCCCAGAAACGAGACCCUUGGUUUUGGAAGAAUCAAUUGCGGAAAUCCGGGAAGAGACCAUCGUCCCAGAAGCGAGACCCUUGGGUUCCGAAGAAUCAAUUUCACAAAUCCCAGAGGAGGCGAUCGUCCCAGAAACGAGACCCUUGGUUUUGGAAGAAUCAAUUGCGGAAAUCCGGGAAGAGACCAUCGUCCCAGAAGCGAGACCCUUGGGUUCCGAAGAAUCAAUUUCACAAAUCCCAGAGGAGGCGAUCGUCCCAGAAACGAGACCCUUGGUUUUGGAAGAAUCAAUUGCGGAAAUCCGGGAAGAGACCAUCGUCCCAGAAACGAGACCCUUGGGUUCCGAAGAAUCAAUUCCACAAAUACCAGAGGAGGAGAUCGUCCCAGAAACGAGACCCUUGGUUUUGGAAGAAUCAAUUCCGGAAAUCCGGGAAGAGACCAUCGUCCCAGAAGCGAGACCCUUGGGUUCCGAAGAAUCAAUUCCACAAAUCCCAGAGGAGGCGGUCGUCCCAGAAACGAGACCCUUAGGUUUGGAAGAAUCAAUUCCGGAAAUCCGCGAAGAGACAAUCGUCACAGAAACGAGACCCUUGAGUUCCGAAGAAUCAACUCCACAAAUCCCAGAGGAAGUAAUCGUCCCAGAAACGAGACCCUUGGGUGCCGAAGAAUCAAUUCCACAAAUCCCAGAUGAGACAAUCGUCCUAGAAACGAGACCCUUGACUUUGCAAGAAUCAACUCCAGAAAUCCGCGACGAGACAAUCGUCCAAGAAAUGAAACCCAUGGGUUCGGAAGAAUCAAUUCCUGAAAUUCGUGAUGAGACAAUCGUUCAUGAACAGAAACGAGCAGAAGAUCAUUCUGAAGUAGAGCAGCUACCAUCCGCUGAUUAUUCUAUAGAUAAUGAACAGAAAGACAACAAAUUGUCCGCCAAGGUUGAUGAACAAGAUUUAGAGAUUAAAGAGGACGAAAGUCUGCUUCCGUCUAAAGUUAUAUCUCCCACGGUUGCGACUGAAAAUUGCGCUAGCGUGGAAGAUGCAGUCAGUAAGGCCGAAGAAAUAAUUAACACUGAUCAGAUGAAAGUAAACAAAGAAGCACGUUCAGACAAAAAUAACGACUUGGAGAGAGUUGAUGAUGUUAAGACGAUUGAAGAAGAAGAAGAGGUUCAGAAGUCAAAGGAAGACUUCAAUGAUCAAAGGGAAAAAUCGCCACCACCAGAUAAUAACGAUAGAGACUUGCAGCUUGAAAAAGAACCGCCAGUAUCUGCUGAUGAGGUGGCAACUGAGGAGUGUGGGUUGCAAAAGUUUGCAGAUGACAGUGAAAUUGACUUGGUUGAGAAGGAAGUGAGUGAGGAGGUGUCGAAUAUUAUAAGGGAUUGGGAUAAUUGCGAAGACAGUUCCGAUGAUCAUCUAUUGGAAGGUGUCAGACCUGAUCAAUUGAUAACGGAGAUCGUGGACGAUACUGACUUAGUCAUCGGACAUGAAGAGUCCAUAAUUGAUCACAGUAAUACGUCGCAUGAAGAAACAUGUGUAACGGAAGGGACUGAGUUCGAAGAGAUUGUUGAUCCUGAAGGAACAGAGCCGAGUCUGGCUGCCGAUGCGGAUAAGUUGUCUUCAUUUACGGAAGAAGGCGAGAAAACUAAUGAAACUGACGAUGAUGAUUUAGUAUUCGUGCAAAUGGAAACAUUACCUGCCGUAACCGAUAACUAUGAUAGUGAACCAGAUGUAGACAGAGUGUUUGAAAAAUAUUCAACUAAGCAACCGAAGUAUUCCCAAGAGGAUGUAAGGCCAGGUAGGAAAAAAGUUUCGCCAAAGCAUAAGCGUGUAAGAUUUAGUCUUGAAUGUAAUACCACUAGGACCAUAGAUGAAAAUGGGGAGUCACCAAGCAAAAAACGGAAAUUAGAAGACAAACGGUUCGUGACUCAUGAUUACGAGCAAAGUUAUAAGAAGUUCUUAACUGAGAGUAAGCAAGCGACUCCCAACUCCAAUGAACAAUGCGCAGAUCAACAGAGGGAUUCAAUUGCAAACAUGGUCAUUGAAAAGAAAAAAACAUCUGAAGUAACGCCAGUGAAGAAGAGUGAACCGAAAAGUAUUGAUCGCAUCAUUCAAAAUCUUAAAAAUAAAAUACCUCUGCCAGAGCCUCCCACUGGUGAGCCAGAAAAAGUUGAAACUUUGGAAACGGUUGAAGAAUCUGCAGCUCCAUCAGUAGACAAUCUGGAAGAUGCUCAGGCCAUUGCUGAUACCUCCAUCAGUCAAACGGGUGAUGAAAAGUUAAGCCUAGAGCCUCAGUGCCAGGAAAACAUCUUCCCUUACAUUCAGGACGGUACAAAGUUUCAGAUUAUUCCUCGCGAGAGCGAAAUUGGAACUCCCGUCCAAUUGUUAGAAGUCACGGAUAAGCAAACUACUACAACUUGCGAAAUUACGGAUAACUUAAUUGCCGUAAUGUUCUCAGAACAGAAUCGGUCCAGUAAAACGGGCUUUAUAUUUUUCAAGGGGUCGGAUCACAAUUAUCACAGUAUAGGCGAUCCGCUCUUAGGGGGCGAAUGCGACACGAACGAAAGCGAUCACUCUUCAGAAAAUAAGGAAAUCGUCUCGUCAGAGCUGGAAAAUGUCCUGAUUAGUGAUACUAUGCUACCAUACUUAACCGAUAAUCAUCUCAAUCAAGAAUCAUCCGAAGACAGCAGUGCGGAUUUCCAGCUUCUUGAGUUAAUCGGAAACACGUUGGGUAGAGAGUCGAGCCCUCCUUUGGCUCAACCCUGUGACUAUCAAACGAAUUUAAAACAAGUCGAGUUAGGGUACGACGAGCCAUCUGCAAGUAACAACAUCGAGUUUUCCAAAGUAAACAAUGAAGUCUUCGUGAAUCAUUUCCAGCAGCAGACGAUGAGCGUCGAAAAUAUGAGCGAAUUGAUGAACGUCGUCUUGACCAGCAUUCAAAAUUUGAAUAACAUGACGAAAGCCCCCACCCUUCAGCAGGAGGCCGAGUGUAAAGAUAUUUUCUCAACCAAUGACUUAGAUUUUAACGUCGAGUCUCAGCCGCAGAGUCUAGAUCUAAUUUGCGAUUUUUCUCAAUCCCAAGAGGUUGCCACUGAGACUACUAUUUCUAACCAUUGCGAUUAUUCUAGUCUGCACUAUCUUCCAAUUACAUUCGAAACAAAUGACAGCUUCAUGAAUAAAAAGGUUAUACUAGAACGAGUCCCUCAAGGGAACGUCAAGCCGAUUGAAGAGACUGCUGAAUGUGCAGAGAUUGUGGAAGGGUCUGAAGUACAACGAGAGCCAACCGAAAUACCGGAAUCGAGUCAACGGGAAAUGUUGGCAAAACUUACUAAAUCUAGGAAAGGUAGCACUGAGUGUAAUAUAGAAGGAACUUUAACUAAAAAAGUCAAAAGUAAAGCCGAUGAAAAGAAAAGUCGCCAGGUUAGGGAUGAGGUUGAUGGGGAGAGAGUGACGCAACCCCCCGCCCUUCAAAAAGAGACGGAGUGUAAAGAUAUUUUCUCUACUACUGGCUUAGAUUUUACUGUUGAGUCUCAGCCACAGGGUCUGGAUCUUAUUUGCGAUUUUUCCCAACCCCAAGAUGUUGCCACUGAGACUACCAUUUCGAAUCUUGGCGAUUAUUCGGGUCUGCACUAUCUUCCAAUUACAUUCGAAAAUAUCUCUACAAACGAUAGCUUCAUGAAUAAAAAGGUUAUAGUAGAACAGAUCCCCCAACUUGUCCACGAAACCGUCAAGGAAAUGCCCCACUUAGAGCCGAUGGUCGAAAAACCUCUGUACGUUAAACUAAGUCCCUCGGCGAAAGCAAAGCUGCACAUGAUAAACUGCCCUAAGCAAAAACCUCAGCCCAAAAAACAGCUGAACAAUCUCGGUUUCGUACGUAAUAGUAGCAAAACAAAGCCGUCUGCUCCGAAACCGAAGAAAUCCAGCGAGUUGAAAAGUACGGAAAGUGAGUCGCCGAAAGUGAGCUCGUCACCUCAGACUCCUACAGUGAAGCCAACCACUUCGAGUAUCUCAUCUGCUAUUUCAAAAGAGCGAAGUCUACUGAUUAUUGACGAUUUUAAUUUGGCCGAAAGUUCAAAGAAACGUAUACCAAAGGUUAGUGAAAGCCCCGCUUUAAUUCAACCAGCGCCGGUGGCCGUGAAAACUGUUGCGGACAAGGUUGAGUUACCCAAAACUGUACCAAAAAGCCCCAGAACGCCGAAACAGACCGAAAGUGAACUAAAACCUCAGCCCAAAAAACACUCGAACAAUCUCGAUUUGGUCAGUAACAGUAACAAAACAAAACCGUCUGCUCCGAAGCCGAAGAAAUCAACCGAGUUGAAAAGUAAAGAGAGUGAGUCGCCAAAAGUGAGCUCGUCAGCUCCUACAGUGAAGUCAGUCAUUCCAAAAGAGCGUAUUAUUGACGAUUUUAACUUGGGUGGAAGUUCAAAGAAACGCACACCGAAGCCUAGUGAAAUUCCCGCUCCGGAUGAAUCGGCCGUGAAAACAGCGGCUAAGAGUGACUCCCCCAAAACUGGAGGUGAGAAUAUUAAACAGUCUCCUGUACCCAAAAGCCCAAGGACGCCGAAACAAACUGAAUGUGAACUAUUCAACAUUCCAGUGCAGUGCGACAUGAUCGAUAACGUUAAGAGAAGAAAAAGGAAACCUGUAGAUUAUUCUUCGAUUGAAAAAUUGCUCGAGGCCGAGGAUUACGAGUAUCGCAAGGUGCAAAAGAGUAAAAGCAAAAAGGACGAGAAGAUGAAAGUGAAGCAGGAGGAGAGUAAAUCGAAAACGAAAAUUAAAACCCCGGUGCAUGAGUCAUCGACAUUGCAACAACCGGCUAGUAAAUCGAAGAGCACGGUGUUUGAGGAUUCGGACGACGACAUACCCAAAAAGAAGAAGGCCAAAGCCGACCCUCCAUUGCAACCAGACGCGAUGAACGCGCUGUUCGACGAGCUGGUUAAGGAAGGCAACGUUAAUAGUACUCUUACCAAAUCGGGUGCCACAGCCAGGGUAGCGCCAACGAAACCCUCCACCAUUUUUCCUUUAGAUCCAAAUUUGCAAAAGAAAUCCGAAACGACGCCAGUUAAACAAAUUGGAGUGGUCAAUCCGAUUCCUCGGCAAAGUAACAACGUACGAAAGGAACCUCCUAGCAGAAGUAGUUAUAGCGGAGAAGACGCCCGGACGUCGAGUCAAUAUUAUCCGUACUACGAGCGUAGUCGACGAUCGUAUCCAUAUUCCAAUAGAGAACCGAGCAGGUCGAGUCAUCAGGGGGGUAGUAGACGAGCCGAGUAUCCCACACAUUCGAGUGAUCAGCGGUAUUUGGCGACGAGGUCCGGUUCUUCAAGGAGCAGUUGGAGCAGUAGGCAUCAUUCAAAUUCUAGACCAAAUACGGAGCAGCGUGAUUAUUGGCAAAACCGUUUCUUCUCUCAAAAUUCAGAAUCUGCUCUUUCCUGUUAUAUUUGCGACUUAGUUAAUUACGUUUAUGCAAGAAGAGAUCAAAUUAGAAAUUUUUCCGAAAACUCCAAUGGUCGUGUGGAGCCGGUCCCGUACGGAUCAAACACUGAUCUUGCUUGGCGCGAAGAUAUAAAAAAGAAAUUCCCCCAUAUGUUUACAGACACAAAAGAAGUUUUUUUCUAACAAAUUGUCAGGUGCGUAUUUGUUAAGAAGGUACGCAGUUGCUCAAUGUUCUUCUUUAGGAAUACCAUAUCUGCACUACUUAUUGUAAAUAGUUUUAUUUUGUAAAUUAAGUAUUUUUAUCACGUAAGCUAGGAGGAAGUGUAAUUGAUGUCAUUUUACUUUUGUUUGUACAGCAUGCGUGGAAUUCAUUGCUCCAACAUCGAUUUUUGUAACUAAUUGAUUCGUAAACAUAUUACUCUUUUUUGUGUUUAUUUUAGUGGUAAAA